AGUAUCUGUCAGAGACACACUCGAAGCUGUUGCUUUCUAAAGAAUGGCUUGUGAAAGUUGACAAUGAAAAUUCUGUUCCGUACCUCAUGAAGUUCUAUACGUCACAAGACGAUGUCUCCUGCGCCCUCAUGAUUACAGAUACAAAGAGUGUAUGGGCUGAAGUCCUGUCCAGUAAUCAAAUCUCUCGGCGGUGGCACGACGUGAAUUUGAACUCGGCUCCCCCUUACUCUACGAAGCAAACAGACGGAGAUCAAGAAUGGAGAAAGCAAGUUCUCCAGCUCCUCUCGGACGGACAUACCUUUGGUGGCAUGGAUGAACUCUCGUUUGAAGUUGCGGACACAUACUAUUCAGAUUUUGCUUUUGAAUUACAAGGGGAUACGUUCAGGUGGCGAUGGGAAACUUUUCUUCUCGGUCCCAGGCUUUCUGCAGAAAUACUGUCGCAACAUCUCAUCUUCCCACUUAUCAGCACAGUCCAUCUAGCCUUCACCUCUGUCGAUCCCGUCAGCAAGUUGUCUGACUCAGAUCUCGAGAAGGCCGUAGACAAAGUCGGUCGUACCGCCCGCCGCACUCUGGGCACACAUACUCGAAACGUUAUGGGACGGCCCCGCGUCUCUACUACGUUACGUCGCAUGACAGCGCUACUCAACUUUGAUUUAAGUCUCCCGUCUAUCGUAUCGGAUGCGGAAAAUCCAAAGCUUGAUGCUCUAUCGCCGCCAAACGAACCUCGAUUACUGCCCAAGCCCGUCAUUCCGCGGUCCAUGACGCUACAACAAGUUCAGAUCCGAGGGAACUCUACUGAUCCUGAGAGUAAAGGACAGGGGUCCAGUCCAUCC